CACAACUGUCCACUCCGCUGUCUCACGUUGGCACGCGCUCAUCAUUUCCCGCCUAACAACUCUUUAGCUAUGUAACAGCCGCUGUUUUAUCCCAGCCGAGGGAAGGACAGCUGUGUGUUUGUGCUCUCCAUAAGAAGGCACUGCUGUCUUUGUGGAUCAUUUCUAGCUGCACUCAAACUUCCGAGACUCCAGUUAAACAUGUCUUCUGCUUAUGCAGCGGCUAUCUCAGCCCUUAUUACAUCCAACACUCCUUAUCCACCCAUCAAAUCCAGCCCUCAACCUUCCAAAGAAUCAGCAGCUGGUCAAAAACAUGGAAAAAUUCCCCACUGUCCUCCGGCUGGACAGAAACUUUCUUGUUCACCCGAGCCUCCGGGAUCAUACGAUGAACACCUGGAGAAUCCUGCAGACUAUGGCAUAGGUGGCUACUACCCUGUAGAAAUUGGAGAAAUUUUUGCCGAUCGUUACCAAGUAGUUCAAAAGUUGGGCUGGGGUCACUUCUCCACUGUAUGGUUAUGCUGGGACAUGGUGACGAGGCAUUUUGUGGCUCUGAAGGUGGUGAAGAGUGCUCAGACAUUCACAGAGACGGCACUGGAUGAGAUCAAACUUCUUAAAUGUGUUCGGGACAGUGAUCCCAAAGAUCCUAAACGUGAGAAUGUUGUUCAGCUCAUUGAUGAUUUCAGGAUAUCUGGAGUGACUGGAGAGCAUGUGUGCAUGGUUCUAGAGGUUCUUGGCCAACAGCUGCUGAGGUGGAUCAUAAAAUCCAACUACACUGGCCUCCCCCUGGCUUGUGUUAAGAGCAUCAUCAGACAGGUUUUGCAGGGUUUAGAUUACUUGCAUACUAAAUGCAAGAUUAUACAUGCGGACAUAAAGCCAGAGAACAUCCUCUUGAAAGUGGACGAUGCUUAUAUUCAGAAGCUUGCAACCAACACCAAGCUGUGGCAGCUGCCUGCUGACCCUGCUGUCAGCAGCUCAGCAAGCACAGACCUGGGGGGGAAAGAGAGUUUGCUGAACUUAUUCGGGAAGCUGACUGGGGUUUUGCACACCCUUGGAAAAUGGUCCAGCAAGGUCUCUGUGAGCCCAAUCAAAAGGCUGGCAGGAAAGGACAGAAGUCGUGGAGGACCAAAUAGUCCAGCUAAACCAAGACCAGACAAACCUCACGUGUCCUUUUCUGAUGCUGCUGCUGCUGACGAACGUGGCUCCACAUGCAGCUCAAAGCUCUCUGGUUCCAACCUGAGAAUAAGGAGACAGACUUUGCUGUUCGAAGACAAACUGGACUGUGUUUCCGAUAACCACAGAGACACAAUCAGCUCCUCACCAAAUUUGAGCAUGGACUCUGCUGUCUCUGACCCCAGAUCAGUGGUCACAUCAGACAGAAAGCUGCCUCCACUAUCAGCUUCCUCAACUCAAGGAACAGGGAAAGCUGAAGGACCUCUAGACCUGCUGAAAGCUCAGGAUGCUGAUAAGAUUCUCAUCAAGAUUGCUGAUCUGGGAAAUGCCUGCUGGGUGAACAAACACUUCACUGAAGAUAUUCAGACAUGUCAGUAUCGCUGUGUGGAGGUUCUGAUCGGUGCUGACUACGACACACAAGCUGACAUCUGGAGCACUGCCUGCAUGGCUUUUGAGUUGGCCACAGGAGACUAUUUGUUCGACCCCCAGUCUGGAGCAACGUUCUCCCGUGAGGAAGAUCACAUUGCUCACAUCAUGGAGCUGCUGGGGCCUCUUCCAUCUCAGUUUGCUCUGUCUGGGAGGAAUUCAAAAUGCUUUUUCAACCACAAAGGUCAGCUACAACACAUCUCUAAACUCAAACCCUGGAGCUUGUUGGAGAUCCUGCUGGAUAAAUACGAGUGGCCUCGAGAGGAAGCCGUCCAGUUCAGCUCAUUUCUCCUGACCAUGUUAGAGCUGCUGCCCCACAAACGAGCCACAGCUGCUCAGUGUUUAAAGCAUCCCUGGAUCUCCUCAUAGAGAACCGGCUAUCGCUAGUUUUUUGGGUCUUUUACUAUUUUAGUCAAGUGCAGGUCCAGCAAUGACAAAAAUGUAGUCGUCCUAAAUAAAUGUCUGUCUUCUAUGUGUGAAUUUUAAUAAACUGACCAUGACUUUA